AGGAGGAGGACGAGGAGGAAGAGGAGGAGGAGGAGGAGGAGGAGGAAGAUGAGGAAGCCGAGGAAGAGGAGGAGGAGGAGGAAGCCGAGGAAGCCGAGGAAUAGAAGGAGGAAGUCGAGAAAGAGGAGGAAGCCGAGGAGGAAGAAGAAGGAGGAGGAGGAGGAGAAAGACGCUAUGGAGGAGGAGGAAGAGGAGGAGGAGGAGGAGGAGGAGGAGCAAGAGAGAAGGACAACGCCGGGACUCGGAGGAGGAGGACGAGGACAAGGAGGACGAGGACAAGGAGGACGAGGACAAGGAGGACGAGGAGGAAGAAGAGGAGGACGAAGCCGAGGAAGAGGAGGAGGAGGGGGAGGAGAAAGAGGAAGCCUAGGAAGAGGAGGAAGCCGAGAAGGAGGAGGAGGAGGAGGAAAACGAGGAGGAACAGGAGGAGGAGGAGGAGGAGGAGGAGGAGGAAGACAAGGAGGAAGAGGAGGAGGAAGAGGAGGAAGAAAAGGAGGAGGAAGCCGAGGAGGAAGAGGAGGAGGAGGAAGAGGAGGAGGAGGUGAAAGACGAGGAGUAGGAGGAGGAGGAGGAGGAGGAGGUGGAAGACAACGAGGAGGAGGAGGACGAGCUCUUAUUUCGGCUCCGGUCCUUAUAAGGACGGAUCCCGAAAAACCUUUUGUCCUCAUCACGGACUGGCAACCGGAGGCAAUCUCAGCGAUCUUGGCCCAGGUGGGACCGGGCGGGCUCGACUACGUGGUGGAAUACGCGUCUAAGUCGGUGCCUGCCUGCAAGCGCAAUUACGCCGCCCCGACAGGAGAGUGCUAUGCAGCUCUGUGGGGAAUCAGUCACUUCCGAGCCUAUCUGUAUGGGCCGAAGUUCAUGCUGGUGACCGAUCAUGAGCCAUUAUUAGCCCUGAAGAAAUCUAAGGAUUACUGGGGCAUGAUCGGGAGAUGGGCAACGGUGCUACAGAGCAUGGACUUUGACAUUCAUCAUCGGAAGCACGAGAGGCACGGGAAUGCUGACGGGUUGACACGACUGCACCGACCCGAAAAGGUCCCCAAGAGCGAGGAGGUGAUUUCGUGGAACGAGCCGAAGGAUGAGAACGGACCACGGCAUUGGCGGGCGUGGCGCGAGACUUUUGUUGAUCUGCCUGUGUGCUUGGCCAGAGUGACGGUGACGUGGACGCGGACCGACGAGCAUCAAGGGUGCAUUGAGUACUUGGAGCUGCUGAUUAUCCCGGCUUGGAGAACUGACGUAGAGGGCGAUCUUCUCGGUUUUCUUUUCGGAUCGGUGCGGCCAGGCCAUCGCCAGCUAAUUGCCCAGGAACUCGUCGUCCCGCUCGCGCAGCUGGUCGACGACCUCCUUCUCGACAUUGUUUCGCAAAGUGACGAGAGUCCAGCUCCGCACGUCCUUACGCGGACCUUGGCCCUGUAUCUUCAGUGGACUGCGUGUUUGGAGAAACCAGGGAGUGAAAGCGCCCUGCCGUCGCAGCAGGAGUACUUGAAGCCGAACGGAAUCAUCAAUCUUGCCUUCUAUCCGAAGCAAGAUACGUCUGAGGAGGCUGAAGAAGAAGAAGAAGCCACCGAAGAAGAAGGCGACGCCGAAGAAGAAACGUGGGAGGAGGGGAGUUAUAGUGAGCACAGUGAAGGGGAGCAGAGUGUAGAGGAGGAGGAGGAAGAAGACGACGAAGAGGAGGAAGCCGGAUCGGAGUGGGAAGCCUUGUCGGAAGAAGCGGCGUGCACAGGCACAGAGGCGGAAGAUCCCGAGGUGGCGCGUAAGAGGGAAGAAAUCGCCACCGGGAAGAGGCAGCUAGAGUUCGCCAGUGGGGCGAACCUGCGCAUCAACGACAACCCGACCCGGGAUCCGGAGCCCCCCAAGCCCGAAGAUGGCGACCCUCUGGCCACGGCUCCGAGCGCAUCGCGAUGGAGACGGAGCAGAUCCCCCUCCCCCUCCACCUCAGUCCUGUUCCGGGGCGGGCUGAAGCGGGUCGCGAUGGGUGCAGCACAGAAAAUGAAGGGAGGAAAGGAGGCAGCACAGAAAAUGAAGGGAGGAAAGGAGGGAGCACAGAAAAUGAAGGGAGGAAAGGAGGCAGCACAACAACGCUGGGAGGAAGGGAGGAAAGGAGGGAGCACAACAACGCCUGAAGGGAGGAAAGCAGGGAUCACAACAACGCCUGAAGGGAGGAAAGGAGGCAGCACAACAACAUGGCACGGCAGCGGACGCGCAGGUGGUGGUGGAGGUGGGAGGAGUGAGGACCACGGCGAGAACGAAAUGCAUCGUCCACAGAAAGUGGGGUCUGUUUCGAGCAUUGGCAGCCAUCAUAGAAGAGCAUUGGCAGCUGUGAUAGGUCAGUCGUCAGGUCUGCAACCCGGCAAUGACAGGCAGGGAGGAGCGACCAUGGUGGAGUCCAGUAGUAGCGGGCAAGCAAGUGGAACAUCCAUGGUCGGGCAGGGAAUGGCUGGGCAGGGAUUGGCUGCGGUCGUUUUCCCGGAUGUGGCUGUUUUCCCGGAAAAUAAGUGUCACCACGAUCUCAACGCCUGCUGUGCCCCUGGUUGCAGGGCAAUGACGGGAAUAUCUGACAUGAUGACGGCAAGAAAGUCUGACAUGAUGACGGCGAGAAAGUCUGACAUGAUGACGGCGAGAAAGUCUGACAUGAUGAUGGCGGAAAAGUCUGACAUGGUGUUGGCGGCAUCGGGGACAAAGGCGGGAAGGGAACUGAUGGAGCAGAGACAUAUGGUCAGCGGCGGGAACGUCGUCCCUGAUUACGAUCGCGAGCAAGUGACCAAUGGCCACGGUCCGGUGCCGCUCUCGGCAUCGUCGAGGACGGGUGUGGCGGAAGAUGGACCGUCAGGAUCCCAGUCGUGGUCGCACUUGUGCAUCGGCUACCAAGGCAUCCCCGGAGCCUACAGCGAGGCGGCCGCUCACCUGGCCUAUCCUGACUGCCAGGUCGUGCCUUGCGAUCAGUUCGAAGCGACGUUUCGAGCCGUAGAGCAGUGGGCCGUGGAUCGUGCCGUCUUGCCCAUCGAGAACUCGUUGGGCAGCAGCAUACACCGGAAUUACGAUCUUCUGUUGCGACACCAACUUCACAUAGUCGGGGAAGUUAUGGUGGACGUGCAGCACUGUCUCCUGGUGCUGCCAGGGGUAAAGAUGAAGGAUGUGAAAAAGGUGGUCAGCCAUCCUCAAGCUUUGGCGCAGUGUGACUGCACUCUGACAUCGCUUCUCGGCACUGGCAUCGUUAGGGAAGCGGUGGACAACACUGCUUGUGCGGCAAAGCAUGUCGCACAGGGCAAACUGCUCGACACCGCUGCAAUUGCUAGCAGCCGCGCGGGGGAGAUCUACGGUCUGGCCGUCUUGGCAGAUGGCAUACAGGAUAAUGCCGACAACAUCACGCGAUUCAUCGCUCUCGCGCGAGAGCCGUUGAUUCCACACAUUGGCGCCCAUUACAAGACCAGUAUCGUGUUCACACUGGAGGAAGGACCUGGCGUUUUGUUCAAAGCGCUAGCGGUGUUCGCCUUGCGAGGGAUCAAUCUCAGCAAGAUCGAGAGCAGGCCGCAACGAAACAGAUCCAUCCGGACAGUGUGGGGCCACUUCAAUGGCGACCCAGGCAGCGCGGGGGGGACAGCAUCGGCAGCGGGAGCAGCGGUGAAGGGACGUGGAAAUAGGGCGUUUGAGUACCUUUUCUAUGUGGAUUUCCAGGCGUCCAUGGCUGAGCCGAGGGCGCAGAAUGCUCUGAGGAAUUUGGAGGAAUUGGCGCCGUUUCUGCGAGUGCUGGGUAGUUAUCCGGUGUCAAUUUGACAAACAAGAACGACGUGAAGGACAAUAUAUGGCGGCACCUUGAAAAAAAGGCUUGAAUUGGAUGGAGUAAGGACAUGUACUCACUUUUUUCGGGUCUUUCACUGCAUGUCUAUCUAUAAACGUAAUUAUGUAUAACACAUCAGUGCCCCUGCAACGGAGGCCCAGCAACGAGAGGUGGGGCUGGGAGGGUCAUAAAAGGGGUGGGUUUUACGGUUAGGACAGGGGAGGGAAAGGUAUGCAAUAGGCUGUCAAUCUGAUUACCCGUUGGUUGCAGCAUCUAGUAAAAAUACCGAAGGUCA